AGUGAAGCAUCCAGUGCGGCUAUUGGGAAGCCGUAGCUCUGCUUUCAGGAAGUGUCCUCACGUCAGCUGAGUGGAGCCGUGGCAGGUCUGCUGGCUGCAGGAAGAGUGGCGAGACGCUGACCGCUGACUUUCUUCCAGAAAAGUGGACAAAACCGGCGGUUUAGAGUGGAUUUAUAGGCGGUAGCACUGGCCUGUCACUCCGACUCUCCUUUGUUUUGACAGAAACGUUAGCGCCAGUGUCAGCAGAUGACGGGUCUCGUGAUGCAGACUGACUGCCACAAAAUCGACUGAUGGAAUCGCCCUCUUGAAUUGUAGAGGAUCGCCAGUGAAGAUGCCUCUGAUACAGGUUGUGCCAGAGAACUACAGUCAUGUACUGGCAGAGUUUGACUGCCUCGAUCCACUUCUGUCUGCUCUCCGAUUAGACUCCAGCAGACUUAAGUGCACUUGUUUGGCUGUGUCAAGGAAGUGGCUCGCAUUAGGAACAUCAGCAGGAGGAUUGCACCUGAUUCAGAGGGAGGGCUGGAAACAAAAGCUCAUCCUCACUCACAAGGAGGGAUCUAUCACUCAGGUGGUGUGUUGCCCUCAUGAUGAAGACUUCAUUGCUGUUGCUACAAGUCAGGGUCUGGUGGCGGUGUGGGAGCUGCAGCUGGAGCGGCGGGGACGUCCAGAGAGAGUCAGUGUGUCCUGGGAGCACCGAGGUCGGAUCAUCACUGCGCUCUGCUGGGACACCAGCACGCUCAGAGUUUUUGUCGGGGACUCAGGAGGCAAGGUGUCUCUUCUCCGUGCAGGAUCCUCCAAACUUGGCAAGGUAUUGACUGCUGAAGUAAAUGCAGCUUUUGAGAUGUUUUAG